UUCAACAUCUGUGAACAUUAUCAAACAUCUGACUGCUUGGGACACACGCAUAAUUGUUGAGCUACAAGGAGAUCUCACGACUUCUAUUUUCUGAAUUUCAUCGAGGCAAUCUGCUGACAGUUGAGAAUUCAGAAAUGACGGAAAAUCUUAUUCCCGACGGUUGCCCGACCGACCGACCGGUGGAGAAUGGCUACUUCAAAAAGGGAUGUAAUCCAUUUGCUCAGACGGGUCGCAGUAAGCUGCAGAAUAAAAGGGCACUUCUCAACCAUCAAAUCAUCAAGCAGAUGAGGAUGAGAGCUGGAGCAGAGAACCUCCUCAAGGCUACUACCAAUAAUAAGGUUCGGGAGCAGGUGGUGCUGGAGUUGAGUUAUUUCAACUCUGAUCUGCAGCUUCUCAUGGAACAGCUGGAAGGACUCAACAGCUCUGUGGAGGUUUAUCAGAAUGUAGAAGAGUCAUCCAGCAUCCCACUCAUACCUCUGGGUCUGAAGGAGACAAAGGACGUGGAUUUCUCUGUUCCUCUCAAGGACUUUAUUCUGGAACACUACAGUGAAGACGGCUCAAACUUUCAGGAUCAGAUAGAUGAUCUGAUGGACUUGAGACAGGCCUGUCGGACCCCAAGUCGGAAUGCUUCUGGUGUAGAACUGCUUGCUAGCUACUUAAGUCAACUUGCCUUCUUGGAGAGUCGAUUCUUCUCCCCUACGCGUCAGAUUGGCAUUUUCUUCACAUGGUAUGACUCCUUUACCGGUGUGCCUGUGUGUCAGCAGAACAUCUCUCUGGAGAAAGCCAGUGUGCUCUUCAACAUGGCGGCUCUCUACUCACAGAUCGGCACCCGUGCCAACAGACAGACACAAGCAGGACUCCAAGACGCCAUUUCUGCAUUCCAGAAAUCUGCAGGUGUGCUACACCACCUAAAGGAGACGUUCACACACACUCCCAGUUAUGAUAUGAGUCCUGCUAUGCUGAGCAUGCUGAUUCGGCUGAUGCUUGCACAGGGGCAGGAGUGUCUGUUUGAGCUAAUUGCUCUGCCAGGAAUUCGAAAUGAGUUCUUCAGCCUGCUCAAAAUGGCCCAAGAGGCUUCCAAGGUGGGAGAGAACUACAAUCAAGUUCUCCAGUCCAUGAUCCAGACCCCUGUUAAGAACAACGUGCCCUUUUUCUGGACCACCAUGUCCCAGCUGAAGAUCAAUCACUACAACUCUCUUGCCCACUACUUUGUCUCCACUGCUCUGUUGGACCAUCAGUUAACCCCCAGUGAUGAUGAGGACAAGCAGGAGAAGGCUCUGUCGCAGAUAUAUGACACUAUGCCUGAGGGACAUUCCCCACUUGACAUCCUGAAGAAUAAGGAGGAGAGACAGAGGAUAGGCAAAGCUCACCUGCAGCGUGUCAUCAUGGGACAUGAAGAGGCGAUCCGCACGCAUGCUGUCUGUCAACACCUGCAAAAACUGGACAUCCUAAAGGACAUUCUGCAAGCCAGCCACAAACGUUCUCUUGCCAAGUUUGAACAAAAUGUCAAGGAAGACGAGUUCAUAGACUACAUGGUUGCACCAGAUAUCAUCUCUAAAACAGAAAAGAAAGCGGAGAUGGAGAUUCCUGCUGCCACCAAGGUGAAAGUCACCGACUUAUUCCAGCGGCUGGGGCCUUUGUCUGUUUUCUCAGCAAAGCAGAGAUGGACUGCCCCACGCUCCAUCAGGCUGAAAUUGCAGGACAGAGAUCUCGGAUUCACUCUGAAGGGAGAUGCACCUGUUCAGAUACAGUCACUCGAUCCACUUUGUCCCGCCGCGGCUGAGGGACUGAAAGAGGGAGAUUACCUUGUUGCUGUUGGCGAUACAGAUUGUAAAUGGAUGGGAGUGAGUGAUGUGAUGAAGCUUUUGAAGGAUGUGGAUGAGGAAGGCAUCAACAUUAGAGUUGUCAGCAUGAUGGACAGCAGCAGCCAGCCAAUGCCCACCAAGAGCGCUACGUACUGUGGUGGUCUUCCCAAGACCUACUCCAUGAUCUGCCUGGCUCACAAUGAUGAUGAGCAGAACCCAAAGUCUCGCAAGGUAGCAAAGAAACAGUCAUUCCUCAGUUGGGGUCUCAAGAACAAGCUGAAGAGUAGCAGCACAUUGAGUUUACCCAACGCAGAUUACAGCGGAGCCCUGCCCUCGAACAGACCAUGCCCUACCUUACCUACCCCCUAUAAUGAUAGUUCCCUCUACUAAACACACAUACACAUGUACGUAACUAGAUUUGUACAUACACUGAUAGCACAAAAGCACACUAUAUUACAAAAAACUAAAAAAGAGGGAGAUUAAUUGAGAGUGGCUGAAAUUAACUCCUGAAACCCAAUGUAAAUUUUGCGCAGACCUAUAAACACAGUGUAAGCUAUUUUUAUUUCUUCAUCAGUGUGGUUAUCUACAUAACAUCUCAUCUGUAUAUGAAUGUUGAAAUAUUGUGUUUUUAUUGAAUCGGUAGACAAAACACAAUGUGUAUGCUGCUCAAAAUAUUAACAUUUUUCUUUUGUUUGUUUUAUUAUUCUUGUGUUGAAUGGUUUAAAGAAUGAUGAGGUGUGAUGAAGGAUUUUUAGGCUGUUGAUACAAAUCUGUGCCCUCCUCAAAUUAAAUGAGGGCUGGUUGAUUGACAGUUGCCUUAGGGUGUAGAAACUCAUUUUUUCUGCAAUUGUACCUGCCUCUACUUCACUCUGCUGGAGGACAUUAUUUCCUUUCCACAGACAGUCUGUGGCUUAAGAUAGACCACCACAGAAAGUUUCUAUGGUGAUCUUGCAUCAUUGAAUGGAAUUCUAAUCCUGUGUCAAUCACUGUAGAGGAACAGAAUGUAAGCGAGAACAGUGAAUAGCUUUUGGUCUUGGAAUGUCUGAAUAAGUAAUAUUAUUUUCAUAUAUUUACUUACACUGAAGGGAAAUACUAUGAUGGGACUCUUGCUAUGCUUACCUUAAAUGUAUUGCCAAGUUCAAGCAAGAAGUAUAGAAAAUGUCAUAGCAUUGAAUUCAAAUGGCAUUUUUAUUUAACCUUUGUUUUGUGUUUUUCCUAGCACUUCUUAAGUGUUGGAAUGUUUCACUUUCUACAAAGUAGAUUUUUAUACACAUUUGAUAAUCAAAUAAUUUAAAUUCAAAAAUAAAGAGGAAAAAAAUAUAUAUAUAAACGUAUUCUUUUUAAGGAUGUAUUCGUUUUUGUAUAGUAAAAUGAGCCUGAUGUAUAUAAUCAUGGGUGUGGUAUCUUUUCUGUGACUGUGUACAUUUCUAAACUUUAUAUGGUGUAGUUCAAAAGGUAUAUAUAAUAUGGUGGGCUUUUUUUCUUCAUUUAUCUUAUUUAUAUUAUUUAACAUUUGCAUUGAACUGCCUCUCCAAACCUCAGAGGCCUUUAGUAUGCCUUACCAGAGUCAACACUGAAACAAUCUUAUACACUUCUUGAUUGUAAAUACUGUAUUAUACUUUAUGAAUGUAUCCUUUCCAUUUAUGUUUUCGCAAGUGCCACAUUAAUAAGUUACUUAUUAUAAGUUACUUAUUAACAAUUCUUUUAAACUUAAUGCACACAGUCCUUUCCAUUAGAGUUGAGCUGAAUUCUGUAUAUCAGUGCCCUAAAUUCGAACUUGAUUACGAUUACUAACAAUGAUGGUGAAAAAAACAGUGAAACGGAUUCCAGUUUUGUUUCACAACAUUUUCCUGUGUUCUUGUGUUUCUAGUUUAUUUGUGGAUUAGCAGUGGGAUAAGUCUGAGGAAAUGUCUGGCUUAUGAGAAAUUGUAUGUUGCUGCCUACGUUUAUGUUGAAUAUGUAAAUCUAGAACUCAAUAAAAUAAGGGGUCAAA